CUACGACAUGGUGCACUUUGGGCAUGCAAAUGCCCUCCGACAGGCCAAAGCCCUGGGGGACAUCCUCGUCGUUGGUGUGCACACGGAUGCUGAGAUAACCAAGCACAAGGGUCCGCCGGUUUUCACUGAGGAAGAAAGGUAAGAAGUGGCUUUCCCUUAAGAAUGUUAUUUCCGCAUUUUACGAGCAUAAAAAACGUCCUCGCGUGGGCAUCCGCGACAGAUGCUGUGUGUGGAGAGUUCAUUUGCAUGAUGAUGACCCCACAUAGCAUCUCUGGUGACCCGUGUCCGUGAACGUUGCCUCCGGGUGGUGUGUUCCACUUAUUUUCCUCCCAAUAAAAUACGCGCGCGAGGCCGAUAACCCACACACAUUAUCCCAAAUACCAAGAGAAGAAUCUCCUGAUAACGCCGGGUACGCAAGGGGCUGAUAAAUUCCCUUUUAAAAUGUUCUCCUUCCCGACUACUCCCCUUGGAAUCUUCCAAAUUAUUAUUUAACCUUGGGGGGAUUUCGUAGCAUUUUAUUCCGGAAAGGAAAAUUCACAUUUAUACGAUAAUUGGGGCAAUACAAUUGCGGAAUUUAAUUUUGUUGGGAAUUACUCAACUCUGCUCCAAAAAAAAACUUCGAAAAGAUCAGCAGAUCAGCAUGAUUUGCAAUACAAACUCCCACGUACCAUCAAUGAUCAAUUUAGGCUUUUUUGUUUAGUUGAUGAGUAAUGAUUUGCAAUUCUUUUUUGAAAGGCUUUAGGAAGUAGUUUUUAUCGAGAAGUGAUUAGAUCGUUUGUUGCAGAAGAGAUUAGAUAUUAAAUCUGAAGGUUUUAGAAGGCUAGAUUAUGCGAGCUUUAAGCAGCUAUUUUGUAACGGUUUAGAUAGUCGGAAGAAUAAGAAUCUUGGAAUAAAGAUCUUUGACUUUAAAACACAAGAAAACUCGAAUUAAAAAGAAAUAUAAUUAAGCUUUCCUUACAUGCAAACUAAAAAUGCAAAAAAAUGCAAUGAUUUGUAAAAAAAUCUGAGCUUAAACAGAUCUUUUAUAAAGUCCUAAUUUUUUCCAGACCCUAGUCUCAUGGCUAGCGGGUGGAGGGAAUGUGCGAGCUAAAUGUCCUAGGCUAUGCGGGUAUGUGUUAGCAACCUUCGUAUGCACGCUCCGGUAUGAAUCAGUCUAUUGCUGAGUUUCGUUGGGAGCGCAUGUGGGGCAUUUAGUUCGCUACGCCCUACCGCUCAAAUAAAAUCUUUAGGUAGCCCAACUUAAUUGGACUACAUAUCAGAAGUGGGAUUGAGAUCCCUAAAGUACCACAAAAGUGGUACCGCGAGUGGAAAGUGAGAAAUGUGGUGAAAAGUGUGGAAGAGCUGCGCGAUCGACGGAGCGACAAGAUGGCGGACGGCAAAAUUCUCGGAAAGAGAAUUUCUUCCUCAUCUAGCAGCGAGGUUUCCGGCACCAGGCAGCCGACAAGGGCCCCAAAAGGGAAACCGUGAGUAAAAAUGUGGGGUGUUCUGCCCCUGGGGCACGCGGAAGAGACCAUCGCCGAAGGAAAAGCGGCGGAUGGAGUACCCGUGGGUAAGAGUGAGAAAAUAAAUUGAGAAAUAAAGGAAAAAAAAGAGAUGAAAAAUAUAUGCGCAUUUUUCUUUGUGUUAAAUUGAUGAUCAAACAUGUUGCAACAUGAUUUUUAUAAUUCUGUGUGAAUGUGUGUGUGUGAGAGCUCUCAAACGUUUCAAAGAGUUUCAAAUCAGUUCCGAAUUUCUCCGAAGUUUUCUCUGUCGCCGCGAAGAGAAAUUUCGAGAAUAUUUUCGAAGGAAUUUGACAAGCAUCGUGUUGUUUGGCGGAAAUUUCGUGUACGGGGAAAUUGUCAAGAAAAAGGCUUUUGUUAGCGCUGAAAAAGCAAACAAAUUGUGUUAAGUGAAUGGAAAAAGGGUUUAUUAACCCAAGAAGAACGUAAAUAUUGUGGGAAUUUAGGUUUUUCUCAGUGUUGGGGGCAAAUGGCAACAGGAGAGGAAACGUUCCGUGAAGAAGAUAGUGGGUACAAUCCAGGAAACGAAAGUACCGUAACAAUGACAACUCCUACCGCGUACCGUCCGCGGCUCACAGCGGUCGAAAUGGAGGCACUCAUUCCGGCCUUUGAUCCUGGGCAGAAGGACGGGUUGCUCGCGGUAGAAUGGCUACGAAAGGUGGAUGAUGCAAGAAUGCUCUUCGAUAUGGAUGCUCAACAGUCGUUGGUAGCUGCCGUAUUUCGGCUUAAAGGUGCUGCGAAGGACUGGUACGAGGGAAAUCAAGGAGCUAUCAGAUCAUACGCGGAAUUUAAGAAGGAACUUCUUUUGAAUUUUCCGGAGAAACUCUCGAGCGUCCAAAUUCACCAUGAACUGAGGAUGAGAAAGCGAAAGAAAGAGGAAUCAGUGGAGGAGUAUUUUCACUCGGUGGUGAAACAGGCCCGGAGGAUUAACCUGCGGGAUGACGAUAUCCGGGAAUACCUCAUCGAAGGAAUUCCAAAUGUGAUGGUUAAAGGACUGUUGUUGUCUGCUCCGGCUGGAAAUCUUCCAGACUUUCUUAGCUACAUGAAAAAGGUGGAUAAAAUUGUGACAAAGGAUCGUGAGGAAUCGAGUCCCUCAAGCAGCAAGAGUUCAUCGGAGGAUGGAAAGUAUCAUCCGGACAAGAUGGUGAACAAAAAGAAAGAGACAGAAGAUAGCUCUAGUGAGGCAUCCCAAGAGGAAGAGACACACGAAGUGAACGUGGCAAAGGACAAGGAAGAAGGGGAGACAAAAACUGGAGCACAGAAGAGUGGAAAACGCCGAUGUUUUGCGUGCGGUUCGGAGGAUCAUCUAGUGAAGCAGUGUCCCCGUAAGGAGUAAUGUGAUUAUGAAGUUAACCAUUGACCAUAGUGAGGUCUCGUGAAGGUUGUAUGUCCAAGUAGGGGGGGAAAUUUUGAUGUAGAUGAUUUUGAAAACGCACUGAUGAUGAAAAGUAAUGAAAUCUUUUAAAGAAAAUUCCAUGUGAGUCAGGGGGAGCUGAUUGUGGUCACUGCCCGAAGGAAAAAAAAAAAAAAGGAAGAUGUUGUGGAAACUUUUUGGAAUAAAGUAUUUGAAGUAUUGACAUCUUCUGAGUUCGAUAGGUCGUGUCAUUAGACUCUAGGUCUGUGGUUGUGUGUCCCCUUGUGUUAUCUCAUGAAGGCCCUGAAUUAAAGAAUCGAAAUAAAUUAAAAUUCUUGUUGUGGGGUUAGCCUCUUGUGAGAGGGUGUCGCUAUCUUGGCACAAGCAUUUUCCUUGGGAGGGUACUUGGAGUCACAGUAGCGGGGAAUUAUUCUUCUAAUCGAGCUUGCUGCGCUGGUGGUGGGUUGGAUAAAAGAAGAUAAAAUUCCGUGUUCAAUGGCAUUUACGGUGAAUGUCGUUGGUGCUGGCAAUUAUGCCGUGUUAUCCACAUAAUUGUGGGAAAGGUCUUGUGUCAUACCAUCCGUGGGUGGAGAUUCACUGACCGUGGAUCAGUAAAUCUGAUCAUUUGGCAAUCUUGCCGUGUCGACCGCGCUGUGGUACGGUCGGGUCGAUUUAUUCGACUAUGGAUCAGUCAAUCUGGUCGUGUAAGGACAGCCGAGCUAAUGUGGGGAAAGAACGAAUUACGGGUGAGGUGGCGUGUUCCAAAGCUGUGGACUCACUACGCUCAUCGGUGACAAGGGACGUCACCACAUCAGUAUGGCCGAAUGUAGUCCUAAUUUUUUCCAGACCCUAGUCUCAUGGCUAGCGGGUGGAGGGAAUGUGCGAGCUAAAUGUCCUAGGCUAUGCGGGUAUGUGUUAGCAACCUUCGUAUGCACGCUCCGGUAUGAAUCAGUCUAUUGCUGAGUUUCGUUGGGAGCGCAUGUGGGGCAUUUAGUUCGCUACGCCCUACCGCUCAAAUAAAAUCUUUAGGUAGCCCAACUUAA